AUGAACACCAUAUUCCUCUUGUUGGGAAUUGCAUCGCUUUCGACUGCUGUUGUUGAUCCUGAUCCUCCAGCUCCGUGGCUUCCAGAGUACGGAGGCGAAUAUCCGCCGUAUCUGUACGGUCGAGACAGCAUCACACCGAAGUCUAAGACCUGCGAGGUCAAAUCUGGUGACCCUAACGGUGACGACACUUCGGCCAUUCUGAAAGCGUUCAACGAAUGCAAAGAAGAUGGUCAUAUCCUUUUCAGCAAUACUACUUACUAUGUCGGCCAAGCCAUGACAACAACUGGCCUCAAGAAUGUGGAUAUUGAGCUCCAGGGAACCAUGGAAUGGUCCAAGGAUAUCGACUACUGGCUGAACAACUCCCUUCCAAUUGGUUUCCAGAACCAGUCUACCGCAUGGCUUCUUGGCGGCGAUAAUAUUCACUUUUACGGACAUGGCUAUGGUACUCUGUUCGGAAAUGGAGACGUAUGGUACGUCUUCAACAACGGAACGAGCAACUUGCAAGGUCGGCCGCAUGCAAUCUCGAUACACAACACUACGAACUCGCUUAUCGAAGGUCUGCGCUUCAUCCAAUCGCAAAUCUCCAACAUUUAUAUGGCAAACAACACGUUCCACAAGGGUCUCGCAUAUGCAAUGGGAAGCAUCGGCCAGUACGAAAACCAAGUCAACUUCAUCGAAAACAUCACUGCAAUCGACACGAUUUGCUUGGACACUGCUUACGCAGGACGAAUCAAAAGUUGGACUGGGCGCAAUACAGGAGUGCCGCCCAACGGUGGAGGAGGCGGUCUAGGAUGGGCUCGUAACAUUUCCUUCACCAAUUUUACCCUGCAAAACGUGGACACUCCUUGGUACAUAACACAGUGCACCAGUUACAACGGCGUCGAAGGCGGAUGCGAUACGAGUCUGUUCCACAUUGAAAACAUGCACUGGGGAAACACCACAGGCACGACGAAGAACAAUCUUGUGCUGAGUCUGCAGUGCAGUGGUGCAGCACCUUGUACGAACAUCGACAUCUUCGACAACGACCUGAAAGUUCAGAGCAAUGGUACAAAGCCAGAAGAGUUCCUUUGCAGUAAUGUUGAAGAUCCAAAGGGGUUUAAUUGCACGGGGAAGGCGCCAAAUACGUCGGGCUGA